CUCGAACUUCGUUCAAUCCCGUCGUCGUCUGCUGCUGCCAAUUCCUCCCACAACCUAUUUUCGCUCUACACAAUUCUGUCGCCGUCUCGAUCAACUUGGGCCUGCUUUGCGUCCUUGUUUCCUACCAAACACAUCCCUCUAAAAAAAUUCGAAACCAACGCGUUCGCCUCACCUCUGACCGUCGACCUUUCCCUCGAUUUGUCUUUCAUCUGAUCUGCUGGACUCGGCCUUGUCUUUUCCGUCUCAACCAGCUAUCCUUUUCCAUUCCAUAAUGCCUACGCCACUUCCCUCUAGUUUUGCCUCAGCCGCCGCCGGCAACAUCCACGACUCUUCCAACCGCAGAGGAGAUGGAGCUCCCGGUGGAGAAUGGUCUCGCACUCGCAUGAACGGAGCAACACAGACCUUCCGCCGCCCCUCAGUCGCGACGAACCCGUCGCAUAACCGGGAUACGAGUCAACCGAACUCGGCCACCACUCCCACCGUCGGCACCUACACCCCCCCGCAUAUGUCCUCGAACUACCAGUCCAGCGCACUCCGGAACGGUGCCACCACGGAAACUCGUUAUUCCAAGGACCUGCUGCUAAAUCUCUAUAAGAACCAACGGGACACCGGCUCGCUGGGGAAGAAUGUCGCAGAGUACUUCGUCGCCGACUGGAAUCCCCACUCCUCCGAAACCUCCCCCGUCAAUGGAGCAUGGGGCAAGCGCGAAGAUUCCAAGGACAAUCCGUCCGGUCCGGAGGUCUGCUGGGAUCAUGGGGGCCAUGUCGAGCCGCUGGGUCUCGUGGAACCGACGGACGACGAGAAAGAGUUGUUUACCUCCUCCGUCAACUCUCCGCUGAAGCCGCCACCCACGAACGCCUCGAAAGAGAACACCGCUACCGGCGCGGGAGGUCGCAAGCUGUCCAUUUCCCAGGGUCAUAUGAACAACUACAACACUUCCUCUCCCAGCGCUGGACGUCCCGGUCCCCGGCGUCGGGAGACAGCCGAUUCGCCCGCGAAUCCAAUGUCUCCUACCACCAGUGGCUCCCGCUUCUUCCGUGACGAACCGACCACGUCCACCCCUCCACCCUCCCUGCUGCGACGCAAGACCGACUUCCGCGAUACUUCCUCUUCCACUGCUCGGUGGGAGGAGAAGGAAAAGGAGAAUCUGGGUAAGGAGCCCGGUGCAGAUGUCGCGUCUCCAUUUGGCUCGCUGAAGCGGAGCUCCACCAAUCCGUUGAGCGUGGCGCCAGGUGGGCCAAGCUCGCCUUGGGCGGCCGCCUCGCAAAAUGCCAAUAAUUCACCGAUGGGUGCGUUCGGAUCCUUUUCUCUUGGACCAGGAACGAGCACCACCCCCACCACGGAGAAGAAGGCUGGGUUUGGCAGUCUCCGUGGAGAAAGUCGCCUGAAGGGACUUUUCUCCAAGGAUAGCUCCGAGGACAUGGCGGCGGCGGCUCUCAAGGAGAAGUCGUCUCUUAGCAGCCUGGAGCGCUUUGCUGAUGUGGAGGGUGAGAAGCGCGCGCAGUCCCCUUGGGGCGAGCCUGUCAAGACCCGCACUGGUCGCAGUGAGACGAACCCAUUCCAGGAGGAGCUUCGCAGUGGCAGCGCGGCGCUUGGGGGCUCUCAAGAGAUCAAUCCCCACCCCCAGCCCUCGUCCGACCAUUUGGGCUUUGGGGCGUUUGGCAUGACCUCGAGCAUUCCCGGAUUUCGGGAACUGAUGCAAAGCCACGAAAAUUCCCGGAACCCUACCCCGAGUCUUCUGCAGGGACACGAGCCUACUAGCCCGACCAAUACGAACCCCUACCAGAGCCCCCACGGCGACCGACACGAGGUGGAUGAUGUCGAAACCGACGGAUCGGAUAUUCAAAACACCACCCACCCCGGUAUCACUGGCCUGCGCGAUACCUCCGCUUUCGGCUCCAUCCGACGUGUCGGCUCGGGCAUGGACUUGCCGUCCAUUGACCGCAGCCAAACAUCGAGUGCAGCUGGAAACAGAAGCUUUUCAAGCUUGGGCGGCCUAGGUGGUCUUCCUCCCAUUGGAGGCGCUGCUGGAUGGCCCACGAGCGCCGCCGUUGGCACCCCCACGCGCGAACGAUCUGCGUUUGCGGGCGGCUUCGGUGACCCGAUCUUCGGGACCAUGGGUGACCUGCAGUCUCCAAGCUUGUCGACGCUGGGAGGAAGCGGUCUGUUCAGCCCUCAUGCUGGGAUCACUGGAACGGGCAGUCUGGGUCGCUCGAGCAAACUAGGCUCGCUCUUCCCCCCCGCCAUGCAAGAGCAGAUGCAGGGUGACCAGAUCCGGCCCGAUCUAGGGGCUUUGGACGAGGCUGCCCGGCAAUCUGGGGAGAUCUUCGACGGACUUCUGGCGGAUCAGGGCCCACUGACGCACGGAGCAGAUCUACAGCCUAUCGAUAAGACUGUGCAGGGCGGCCAGCCAGCCACUUCGACUUCUCAGACUCCUGUGUCUGCCGUCGGCUCUGGUCCUGGCUCCAUGGUUCCUGAUGCGCCGCAACCCAGCCAGACCCCCGGAAAUUCUGGGUCUGUCCCCCCGGCGCAGCAACGGACCAUGGUGAUGCCUGACCGCAUGCGCUGGAUCUACCGUGACCCGCAGGGUAACAUUCAGGGCCCAUGGACUGGACUCGAGAUGCAUGACUGGUUCAAGGCCGGAUUUUUCAGCCCAGACCUGCAGAUCAAGAAGCUCGAGGACCCCGAAUUUGAGCCGUUGGCACAGCUGGUUCGUCGCAUUGGCAAUUCUCGCGAACCGUUCUUGGUACCUCAAAUCGGCAUUCCUCACGGGCCUGACCCUGCCCCCGGACCAUGGACUGGCAACACGAGCGGCACGGCGCAGCCUCCCUUCCCUGGCAGCUUCCCUAGCUUUGGUACCACCCUGACCGCCGAGCAGCAGAACGCUUUGGAACGUCGCAAACAGGAGGAGCAGUACCUGAUGGCCCGCCAGAAAGAACACUUGGCUCAGCAGCAGGCUCUGAUGAAGCAGAUGCAGUUCCAGGGCGUUCCCCACUCCAUCCACCCUCAUCAGCUUCAGCACCAUUCCAGUGCUCACAGCCUCCACAGCCAGCCUAGCUUCGGUAGCAUCGCUUCUCCGGUCGGCUUCCAGCCCUCACCGAUCCAGGCGCCGAUGCAGCAACAGCAGCAGCAGCAGCAGUCCCAGCAGCAACCUCCGUCCGUUGCCGGCUUCUUUGAUGCGGCUGCCGCCAUGCGAGGAAACCCUCUGCCCAACGUGGGUCCUCAGAUGCUCGGCACGGAUCUGGGCCAGGAUCAACUUCCUACUCUUCUGGACCGCCUGAACAUGAGUCGGCCGGAUCCGUUCGCCUUUGGUACCCCCAGCUCUUUCGCUGCUCGCCAACCUGAAAGCCUGUUCCACCAGCAGCAGGUCGCUUCGAUGCUCCAAGAUCGGGCCCGUCUGCAGCAGGAGCAAGAGCAGUUCGAUAGCACCCAGGGUGAUGCUCUCUUCGACCAACAGGCACGUGAGGAGCGCCUUCGUCAGUUCCAUGCCCUGAGGGCACAGGAAGCCGAACUCGGAAUGCAGACUGUCGAGGGUCUUCCUACCCACCCGGCCGAGUCCGUUCAGUCUCAGAUCCCCGAGGAGAGUACUGAGUUCGAUACCGUUGAAGCCGCUCCCCAGGAGCCUCCUCUCACUCUGUCGCAGCAGGUCCAGAAGGCUGCCACCGCUCAACGCCAGCAGCUGGAGCAACAAGAACAGCAGGAACAGCAGCAACGCGAGCAGCAGCAAUUGGAACAACCGCAGGCGGGCUCCGUCACCGAGGCCGCUUGGAUGAGCAAGGGCGAUAGCGCCAUGCCCCAGCCCUUCCCUCCUCCGCCCUCUGCCUCCCCUCUGCCGGCUCCUGCCGCUCAGCGCAACCGCCAGAAUGUGGCCGAAUCCCUGGCUGCCAACUCUCGCUCCCAGACGCAGACCCCGGUCGAGGCGCCCACCACGUCCAUUGCGCCGUGGGCGAAGGAAGCCAACGAGGUCCCCAAGGGUCCUUCUCUGAAGGAGAUCCAGGAGGCUGAAGCUCGGAACGCCGCCCAGAAGGAGGAAAUUGCGGCUGCCGCUCGUCGUGCUCAGAUGCUUGCGGAGCAGGAGCGCCUCAGCCAGGCGGCCCAGGUGCAAGCGCCUGGCCUGCCGUCGACUGCCAACUGGGCGAGCGCCGGAUCGCCGUCGACCCCGACUUCCUCCGGUUCCGUCUGGAACAACAAGGGUCCUGCCGCUCCAUCGGCUGCUGUCAAGAAGACUUUGGCUCAGAUCCAGAAGGAAGAAGAGGCUCGAAAGCAGCGUCUUGCCGCCGCGGCCGCUGCGACGCAGACUGUUGCUGCCAGCCCUCCUACUGCUCCCUCGUCUACUGGUAAGCGCUACGCCGAUCUGGCCAGCAAGGCUCCCGCGCCGUCUCCUGUGAACACGGCUGCCUCUUCGGGCGCAUGGACCACCGUCGGUGCCGGCGGCAAGGCCAAGGCUCCUCCUGCUGCUCCUUCGGGACCGCGCGCGACCACUGGCGUUGUGCCUGUGGCCGUUUCGCCGGUGAAGCCCAAGCCCGCUACGGUUGCCACUCCUCGUACCGUGUCUGUGGGCCCUACGCCGGCCACCAACCCUAACCGGGCGGUUGAAGAGUUCACCAAGUGGGCCAAGUUGGCGCUGGGCAAGGGCCUGAACAGCAACAUCAAUGUGGACGACUUUGUGCAGCAGUUGCUGUUCCUGCCGGCGGAGGCGGAGAUCAUCUCGGAUUCGGUGUAUGCCAACUCGCAGACUCUGGAUGGACGGCGGUUUGCGGAGGAGUUUAUCCGUCGGCGCAAGCUGGCGGACAAGGGGAUCGUGGACCCGGUGGCGGCGAGUGCGUUUGCGGAGCCGAAGAACGCGGGCGGGUGGAGCGAGGUGGCCAAGAAGGGGUCGUCGAAUGCGCACCGGGAGGAGGAUGCCAGCAAUGCGGCGUUCAAGGUGGUUGCUCCGCGUAAGAAGGGGAAGCGCCACGCCCUUCGAUUACAGUACAUGCCCUAUGCCCCUCUAUGCGUCAUUGACGAACUCGAGAGGAGGGAGUAUAAAUACAUCUACAUCGGCUCCUUCGGCACGCACCCCCGCCCCGUCCUCGCCACCCAACAAACCUACCAGCGCCUCGCCGAGCUCUCCCCCGACCAAUUCCUGCGCUACACGCAGCCCACGGCCCUGCUCCCCGCGCGCCACGCCCUCGCCGCCCUCCUCCACUGCCCGGUGCGCGACCUCGUCCCCGUCAAAAACGCCACCACCGGCGUCGCGACCGUGCUGCACAACCUCGCCCCGCAUUUUGUGGAGGGCGACACGCUCCUCUACUUCGCGACGGUCUACGGCGCCGUCGAGAACGGGCUGUUCUCGCUGCGCGACCAUCUCCCGGGUCUGCGGCUGCGGAAGAUCGAGUACGCGUUCCCGAUCACCCCCGGGGAGCUGGUGCAGCGGUUCCGGGCGGCGGUGCGCCAGGUGCGGGCCGAGGGGUUGCGGCCCCGCAUCGCCGUGCUGGAGACGGUGGUCAGUCUGCCUGGGGUGCGGUUUCCGUUCGAGAUUUUGGUGAAGGUGUGUCGCGAGGAGGGGGUGUGGAGUCUGGUGGAUGCGGCGCAUGGGGUCGGCAUGAUUGAGUUGGAUUUGGGGACGGCGCUGGUGGAUGAGGGCCAGGAUGAGGGCCGGGAUGAGGGCCAGGAUGGGCUUGGGCAUGGGCUUGGGCCAGACGGGUGGGGGAAAAUCGGGGGCGUGGAUUUCCUGACCAGUAAUUGCCAUAAGUGGCUCUACACCCCCCGCAGCGCGGCCGUGCUCUACGUCAACCCGGCCCUGCAGCACCUCAUCCGCACCACGCUCCCCACCUCCUGGGGGUAUAUCGCGCCUCCAUCCGAGACGCCGGCGAAGCCCUCGCUGAUGGCAACGCCUGGCACACGCAAGACCGCGUUCGAGGCGCUGUUCGAGUUCGUGGCCACGGCCGAUGAUACGCCGUAUCUGUGUGUGCCGGCCGCCCUGCAGUUUCGGGAAGAGGUGUGCGGCGGCGAGGCGGCGGUCUAUGCUUAUCUUGAGGAGCUGGUGAAUGAGGGGGCGGAUCUCGUGGCGGCCGGGUUGGGGACGGAGGUUCUUGGAGACGGGGAGGGCAAUGCAGCAGGUAAGAGGAGUGCGUGGAGGAGGUGUGCCAUGAAUAAUGUGCGGUUGCCGGUUAGGGUCGUGCAGACGGUCAAUGAUGCAGGUGAGGAGGAUGCUGCCGGUCUAACAGCGGAGCUCGUCCCCGCGGUGGUGGAUUGGAUGCAGAGGAGGCUGGUCGAGGAUUACCGCACCUUCGUGCCCGUCUUUGCCCAUGCCGGUUGGCUGUGGGUGCGGCUGUCGGCCCAGGUCUACCUCGACAGGAGCGAUUUCGAGUGGUUGGUGCCCGUGUUGAAGGAGUUGGUGGGUCGCGUCAAGGAGGAGUUUAAGCUGGGAAAGGUGUCGCCUCACCUGUAGCAGCAGAUGUAACAGAUACAACAGACUACAUAGACUAAG